AUGACCCCCGCGCUGCUCUUGCUGGGCCUUGCGGCCCUUGUCGCUCCAUCCAUGAGUUACAGUUGCUAUGGUGACAUAAGUGCUCUUCAAGUCCCCACGAUCUCCUGUACAUCUGUAAGAGCCCCAGACUGCGGAUAUGCCAUAGUACGGAGAACUGCUGAGGCAGACAUCAUACGCCUGAGGAGAUACGAGACGCCAAUUAAGAGAGUAGCCAGAAACCUGUGCUUGGACCCGGCCCUCAUUGCUGGCAUCAUCUCGCAGGAGAGCCGCGUCGGCCUGAGCCUGACCAAUGGCUGGGACCGGGAACAGCGCAAGUACGGCUUGAUGCAGGUUCCCAGACAGACACUUUACCCUUUUGGAGUGUGGGAUAGUGAAGAACACAUAAAUCAGGGGUCAACAUUCCUGGUUCUUGCAAUCAAUCAAGUACGGGCAAGACAUCCUACCUGGACCUGGGACCAGCAGCUGAGAGGUGGAAUCUGCACCUACCAUGCAAAUAUGGGCAACAUGCAGGUCUACGACGAAGACCCAUGUGACAGAGACAACGACUACUAUGUCAACAGCGUGAUUAGGCGGGCUCAGUACUUUAAGAGAAAUGGUUUCUAA